GUUUUCCUUUUAGUGCCCACGCCUGUACUAUAAACACAUGGAUUAAUAACAGACGAGAAGAACUGACUGAAAAUGCGUAUAGAGAAGUGUUAUUUCUGCUCCGGGCCCAUCUAUCCCGGUCACGGAAUGAUAUUUGUUCGGAAUGACUGCAAGGCAUUUAAAUUUUGCAGAUCAAAAUGUCACAGAAAUUUCAAGAAGAAGCGCAAUCCAAGAAAGACCAGAUGGACUAAAGCAUUCAGAAAAGCUGCCGGCAAAGAGUUGACAGUGGAUAACUCACUGGAGUUUGAAACGCGUAGAAAUGUUCCAGUCAAAUACCAGAGACAGUUAUGGAACAAGACAGUGGAGGCCAUGAAGAAGGUAGAGGCCAUCAAACAGAAACGACAGGCUCGUUUCAUCAUCAACAGGUUGAAAAAGGGCAAAGAUCUAGAGAAGGCAGAGGCUAUCAAUGAAGUCAAGAAAAACAUCCAUCUUAUCAAAGCACCAAAUGCGGGACAAGCCAAACAGCUGGAGGAGAAGAUGGUACAAAAACUGGCAGAAGACGUGGAAAUGAAUGAUUAAAUGUUUUACCGGCAGUUGACUUUUCUUAUAAUGUUCUAAAAAAACACCUUUUAGUCCUAAAUAAAAACCCAAGAGAGAGUAUUCCCAAACCUGCAUCUGUGCAGCUUGUUUAUGGGAAUCUGGACAACGUGAAAAUGUGUAAUUAAUUGCUGAAGCAAAUCUGAAGGUUUGCCCCGAUGCACCACUUGGUUAUAUUUAGUGUUUGCCAGAAAACUGUUUAGCUUUUAUUAACUGUUAGCUACAAUAUUUGUUUUUGCAGGGCCCUGUACUGUUGCUCUGCCCUUUUGAGGCAUCUUAUAAAUCCUGUAAAAUCUGUUUAAACAUAAUCUUUGUAUUAAAAUACCAUUUUGGUUGGUAUGUUUAA